AACUCAGCUCCAGCCUCCGGAUCAGUAAUUCUUCCUUGGAACCCCUUAAAAAAAUAAGUACUUCUUCCUUGUGGCUCGGUUCCCAUCAGCAAGCUCCACCACAAUCGCACGGGGCAGGACAAAACCAAGGAGGAACAAUCCGGGUUCUGGAACCAACUGGUAACCAACCAUCCACCUUGAUUUAUACACUCUCAGGGAGCCCGCCGGCUGGACGCGAGGCCAAUCAAACGAGCGCGCGAGCUCCUAGAUUUCCCGGUUCCCGUUCCACUCGACAUGGCUCCACAGGCGUGGAUGGUGGGGGAGAAUGGAGAGGACCUCGAGGGGCCCAAGGAGUUGCUGCCCCUCUCCAAGCUCGAAGAGAUUGGUGUGCUGUAUUGGCAUUUGGACCCUAAGAAAUCUGAAAGUGAGGAAGAGCUGGCAAAAAUCCGCAAAGAAAGAGGAUACAGCUACAUGGAUCUUAUUGAGAUAUGUCCUGAAAAACUGGAAAAUUACGAGGAGAAGCUGGGGAAUUUCUUCCGUGAGCACAUGCAUGCUGACGAAGAGAUCCGCUACUGCUUGGAGGGUAGCGGGUACUUCGAUGUCCGUGACAAGGAUGACAAGUGGAUUCGGAUUUGGAUGAAAGAAGGAGAUAUGAUUGUCCUGCCAGCCGGCAUUUAUCAUCGGUUUACCCUUGACAGCGCCAACUAUGUCAAGCUCAUGAGGCUCUUCAUUGGAGAACCAGUUUGGACUGCACACAACCGGCCUCAGGAGGAUCAUCCUGUGAGGCAAGAGUAUGUCAAGAGUCUGAUGGGGAACACAGGAUUUGCCCUUGCAGCACACUGAGAUUGCAAUCAGGGGGUUCACCAUUCGGAUAUAUAGACGAAGAUAUGAUUGCUUGGGCACAUGUACAUUAUACAAUCUGUUGAAACCAUGUUGUAUCACGUAUUCAUGAAACCGCGGGUUCGAUUAAUGUAUAUGCAUUGAACUAUCACUGUCACAUGGAAAUAUAUACAGUGUUGUGGUGUCUCCAUGAACUA